CUGAUGUCGAUAAAGAAGAUAGUGACAGUGAAUCAAAAUAAACGUGCGUUGGAAUCGUGCUUGCUUAAUUUGUGUAAAAUUUGUUAGAUUUUUCAUAGAAAAAUUAUCAUGAGGUCUUCAAAAAUCACAGAUGUAGUCAACAUUGAGCGUGGACGAGAUAAUCCCAUCUUAAUGAACUUCCAGAACGCCGAGAUGGGCUACAAAAAUGACAGCCAAAUACGGUGCUUCCGAGCCGAGGACACAAACCGAUCCAGUCCGGAUGGUGGCCCGUCCCGCAUGGCGGUGGUCGUCAGCAACCAGGACGCAUACCGCGGCUAUCUGGGCGAAAAUCUCCCGUCCGACCUGAUGGACACGUAUGUCGCCAUUCGGAACAAACGUACCGGCAAAAUGCGUCUCAUUCAGCUCGAGGAGUGCACCAUGCUGAACUCCUGCUUCGACGACAACCGGAACACGCUUCAGGAGGAGAAAAACACGAACACUUUGAUGCGCAAGUUUGGCGGAAAAAAUGCGAUUCGGGCCUUGGAACGGUACGAGCGUGCCAACAACAACAUCGACGUCAUGAGCGAAGCCAUCGAUCAGACGGUCAUACAGUUCGACGACGAACAGUUCACCGAAGAUAAUUCCUUCGCCAAGAAUAAGGUCGAAGGGGAGCUGAUCCUGGCUAGUAUGAAGCCGCCGCGCAAUCCGGAAGCCAAAUCACCCGCCGAGGUGUACCGUCUAGAGGAUAUGCUCUCGGAGCCGGUGCGUGAAAACUUGAAAACGGUUGGUCUGGGAUUCAUGAAGAAAGAGCCGGAGUCGCUGGAGUUGGCCAAUGUCUAUCUAACCAAUAAGGUGAAGACGGCAUUGCAGUCCAAAGAACCGGACUCGGAUGAAAACGUGCGCGCGCUGCAAAUUUGUCUGUACAUGGACGCUCUGUGUCGUCUAUUGACGAAUAAUGGCAGCAACUUCGACAAAAUCGUUUAUUCGCCUUAUUCGAAUAAUUUGUUCAGGGAGAUAAAGCAGAAUUUCUCUCAAGUCAACAAGUUCCAACCGACUAAGACCAAGUACACCACACACAAGGCCAUGACGUACUAUCUGGCGCUGGCAUUCAUUUUGGAGGGUGGAGCGAUAAAUGUGGAUCAGCUACACGGUGGGCUGAAUAUUACCCGCAAUGACCUGUUGAAGUUCGCAUCCUUCAUCGGGGUAUCGUUCAACUCGACGAAAAAUACGUUGACACUGCGUAUGACGGAGAGCAGCAGUUCUGGGAGGUCGUCAUUCCGACGGUUCGGUAAGAGGAAGUAGCUUUUGCAAUCAAUUGAAAUUACAAAUCGUUGAACUCAG